CGUCCUAAAUUUUCCGUGUGGGAAAGCUCUCCAUACUGUGAGCUCCCCUAUCUGCCCUAUCAUCAUCAUCUGGCGUAACCCGGGUAAGAAAUCGGAACUGUGAGCCUGUAUGACCCUCUCCUCUCUUAAUAUCUUCCUGCGAUGCUCCUCUCCUCUUUCGAGUUCUGAUCGCCAUUUUGGGAGUUCCGGAUUUCCGUUUCGCAUCGUUUCAGAAACCCUAAAAUUAUUCCGUUCAGAAACAUUCCGAUUUCUUGAAGUCCGUGAGCAAUUCUUGGCUAUUGAUCUAAACAAAAAAUUCAACCGCGUCCUGGUGUGGUAUCUGCCCUCAUAUCCAUUGACGCUGUCUCUGCGAGCAUACUUGAUAGCCUGGCGGAGAAAAGAGCUUGAACGGUAUGGAUAUGGAUGGAAGCAAGCGCAUUUUCCAGCGGCUUGGCCCUUCACAAGGCGAUAACCGUACUAAGCAGCCAAAAGUUUGCUUCAGUUGGCGAGCAGGUCGGUGUAAUAGAUUCUCGUGCCCUUACUUGCACAGAGAAUUGCCGCAGCCACCUCAGGCACAUGCAUCCUUGAAUUACGGUACAGCAUCGUCCAAGCGCUCGCAUGGGUAUUCCGAUGAUUUGGGAGGCGGAGUGCGGAGGACUACAAAUUUCAAUAACAGUUGGGGCAGAAAGCAGGCUCAUGGCGGCGGCAACAACACUAGAGCCCUGACAAAGACCGAUAAAGUUUGUAAUUACUGGCUCAAUGGGAGUUGUAAAUACGAUGAUAGUUGCAGGUUUUUGCAUUCCUGGAGUACAGGAAAUUGCUUUUGGUUGUUAAAGAACCUUGAAGGCCAUCAGAAGAACGUUUGUGGAAUUGCUUUACCCUCUGGCUCAGAUAAGCUUUAUUCAGGAAGUACAGACAAGACCGUGAGAGUAUGGGAUUGCCAAUCAGGACAGUGUGCAGGCGUUGUCAAUUUAAGUGGUGAAGUUGGAUGUGUGCUAAGUGAAGGGCCAUGGGUUUUUGUUGGCCUUACCAAUCUUGUCAAGGCAUGGAAUGCUCAAACAUCAGCAGACCUGAAUUUAACUGGUCCUGUUGGGCAAGUUUAUGCCCUUGUUGUGGGCAAUGAUAUGCUCUUUGCCGGUACAGAGAAUGGGAUACUGGUCUGGAAAUAUAAUGUCGCCACCAACUGUUUUGAGCCAGCUGCGUCACUCAACGGACACACUCGUCAUGUAGUGACACUAGUUGUAGGAGCGAAUAGGCUGUAUUCGGGUUCUAUUGACAGUACUAUAAGUUGUUUUUCUGUUUUUAGGUAUGGAGCCUUGAAACUUUGCAGUGUCAACAAGUUUUGACGGGGCACAACAGUGUUGUGAUGUCUGUUCUUUGUUGGGACCGGUUUCUUUUAUCAUGUUCUUUGGAUAAAACAGUUAAAGUCUGGGUUACUAAUGAGAACGGGAGCUUGGAUGUGACAUACACCCACCAGGAAGAACAUGUAGGCAUUAAUAACCUCAUUGCAUUUUGAUUGUUCUAUUUCGUAAAAAUUAAUUGCACUUACCUUG